CGGGAAAGUUAAAGUCACAUGAUUUUGUGCCUCUGCUUGAGCAGUUAAACAGCAGGUUUUGGUGUUUUCUCCCACACCUGGAACGAUGCGUGUUGUGUUGGUGUGUUUGUUGCUGGGAGUGUUGGAGGUGUUUGGAGCUCCAGAUGCAGAUGAAAUCAAAUAUCUGCCUGGACUUCAGAAACAGCCGAGCUUCAAACAUUAUUCUGGAUACUUCCAUGUGGCCGACAAUAAACAUCUUCACUACUGGUUUGUUGAGUCUCAGAAAGAUCCAGCCAAAAGUCCGGUUGUUCUGUGGCUUAAUGGAGGACCAGGAUGCAGUUCAUUGGAUGGUCUGCUGACAGAACACGGCCCUUAUCUGAUCCAAGAUGAUGGUGCCACUCUAGAAUACAAUCCUUAUUCUUGGAACAAGAUCGCAAAUAUGUUGUACCUGGAGUCACCAGCAGGUGUGGGCUUUUCGUACUCGGACGACAAGGAAUACACCACCAAUGACACAGAGGUGGCCAUGAACAACUACCUCGCAGUCAAAACCUUCUUCAAGUUAUUUCCAGAGUACAGCAAGAAUGAGUUUUUCCUGACGGGCGAGAGUUACGGAGGCAUUUACAUCCCAACACUGGCUGAGAUAGUCAUGGAGGACAGCAGCAUUAAUCUAAAGGGUAUUGCUGUUGGAAACGGCAUGUCCAGUUACGAGCUUAAUGACAACUCUCUGGUAUAUUUUGCGUACUAUCACGGCCUUCUUGGAACGAGCUUGUGGAAUGACCUGCAGACAUUGUGCUGCAAAGAUGGAGUUUGUAACUUCCACAACAACCAGAAUGUGAACUGUUCUGCUAAACUCAGUCAAGUUGAUUUUAUCGUCUACCAGUCGGGACUCAACAUGUAUAACCUGUAUGCACCCUGUGCAGGGGGUGUUCCUCAGAGAGCGAGCGUUGAGAACGGGCAGUUUGUGAUCCGGGAUCUGAGUCAUCACUUCAUCAACUACGAGUUUUCCAAAACACGCAAUGAGAAAUUUAGAGGCGUGUCCGGCCUGUUUAAAUCUGCGAGGCUGGAUCCUCCCUGUACAAACUCCACCGCGUCCACCCUGUACCUCAACAACCCGCUGGUGAAAUCUGCUCUUCACAUCUCACCCAACGCUCUGGACUGGGUCAUCUGCAGUGCUGAGGUGAAUCUGAAUUACAAUCGUCUGUUUAAGACUGUGAAGAAGCAGUACCUGAAGCUACUGGGAGCUCUGAAGUACCGUGUGCUGGUGUACAAUGGGGAUGUUGAUAUGGCCUGUAAUUUUCUGGGAGAUGAAUGGUUUGUGGAAUCACUGCAGCAGGAGGUUCAGGUUCAGCGCAGGACUUGGAUUUAUAAUGACGGUGAAACUCAACAGGUUGGCGGAUUUGUCAAGGAAUUCUCUAACCUGGCUUUCCUCACAGUGAAGGGUUCGGGUCACAUGGUUCCUACUGAUAAACCAAUAGCAGCUUUCACGAUGUUCAGUCGCUUCGUCACCAAACAGCCGUACUAGGUCACACUCUUUUAAAUCAGAAUUUGCACACUCACACUGGUUAAAGGUUUCUGUGUCGGACUGAAUUUAGUGUCCCACAAGUUUACGUUGUGUUUUACGGAGUUUAGAUGGUGGCCUGCUGCCUGUAUUAUUCUAUUCGAGUUGUUUGUUUGGACUGGAAGAUAAUGUAAAGUACCUGCAGACUGUGAUGGGUUGAUCAGAUGUUGAUUAUUUACAAAUGCCUUUAAAGAAUCAGUUGGGUUAGUCUUACGAUUGCACCACUUUAACCAUGAACAUUCACAGCAGUGUGACCGCCUCUUAAAUGACGAGAGAUGUUGAAUUUAAUUGAUCACAGAGAUGAUUUAGUUUUUAUUAUAACACCGCUGAAUGCCUGACUACAGUAACUGUGCCUGUGUCCAUCUGUCCUCCUUGACUUGAUAAUGUUUAAAAAUUAUUUUAUAAGUGAUUUGUGGUACUUUUGGGCUCAUGAGGAAACAAUCUUGUCAUUUUUUUUUUAAUAAAAUAAAGUUUCUAUGAUUUUA